CCCUCCCUCAUCCUUCCCUCAGCAUCCUAACUCUUCCUUCCCUCCCUUGAAUCUCCAACACACUUUUUCCCAUGGAUGUUAUCUCUUUCACGGCAUCCUCAGACUCUUCCUUCCUAUGUAUGCUUUUUCGUAUCUAACCUUUCUCUUUUUUCCUUUUAGAAUUUCUCAAGUUAUAUUUAAAUUCUCCAUUUAUUCAUUGCUUUGUCUGUAUGUUUGUGGGUCUCUCUCUCUCUCUCUCUCUCUCUCUCUCUCUCUCUCUCUCUCUCUCUCUCUCUCUCUCUUUGUCUGCCUGUUUGUUUUCUAUUUUUUUCAUUUCUUUGUUUUCUUUGUUUUUGUUCGAUUGUCUGUCUGUAUGUCUGUCUGUCAAUCUGUCUGUCUGUCUGUCUGUCUGUCUGUCUUUCUGUUUGUCUUUCUGUCUGUCUUUCUGCCUCUCUCGUUACUGACUGAGUGACUGACCUACUGACUGACUGACUGACUGACUGACUGACCGACGCCCUCCUCCCUCAGACCUUCGCCAUGAACCUCCGCGUCAAGUCUUUGGUCUUCCUGAGUCUUCUCCUCGUCGGCGGCUCGUCCCCCAAGACCCUGGAGUCCCCGUCCCCCCCGCUGGGCCAGGGUGACGCAGGGCAGAGCGGCGGCGUGCUGGCGUUCCUCGGGGCCCUCGCCACCUCCUCGGGCCCCAAGGAGGACUACACGAGCUGGGUGGGAGCGAUGGUGCUCCCUAAAGUCCUGCAGAAGGUGAAGGAGAACGGGGCGGGGAUCAGCGAGGCCCUCGGCGUGAGUGAGGACUUCAUGAAGCCUCUGCUCCGCCUCAUUGACGGCGUGGAGAAGCUGCAGGACAAAGGCGGUAAAGGGCGGGGCGAUGCCAAAGCCGGAGGUGAGGCUGACCAAGGCGUCCUCACGAACAGCAUUGACGACGAGGCGGACAAGGACAUGACCUCCAAGUUCCUGUCCCUCGCCAAGGACGUCUUCCUCGAGGAGUUUGGGGGACUGGACAGCCUCCUGCCGGACUCCCGGACGCAGGAGUCGCCGGUGGCGCUGCCCGCCCUCAACCUGACCUCCAUCAGCCUGUGGGAGGUGAUGCGCACCACGUGGGCGCGCGUGCUGUCCUACGUGGAGGAACAGAACAGCCUCGAGAGCUUCAUGCAGCAGACGCCCGUCAAGGUCAUCGACCGCGUGCUGAGCCUCGGCGACGACCUCAACCUCGCGUCCUUCCUGGCCAAGAAACUCGACCCGGAGUUCGCCGAGUUCCUGGCGGCCAAGGCGGAGCCGCUGCUCGGCCCGCUGCGCGACGCCGACUUGAUGGCCAACCUGACGCAGACAGUCGGGCUCGGCGGCGCCGUGGACUACUUCACGUCGCCGCGAGUUAAGCACACGCUCUACACCCUCGCCGGCCUCGUCUCAGCCCACCUCGAGAACCGCUUCAACAGUGACCUGGCCCGGCAGUUCUUGGAGUUCAUGUCACUGGACAACGUGGAGCUGGGCCACUUCUACCGCGCCCUGGUGAGCGGCGGGCAGCAACAGCAGCAGCAGCAGGAGCAGGAGCAGGAGGGUGAUGCGGGCCGCGCCAGGCGCAGCGUGCUGGACCACAUCGUGAGCACCUUCGAGCACGACGGGCGGCAGGCCGAGGCCCAGCUGGCGGCCAGGGCGCUGCGGCCCGAAGACGAGUUCAGUGCCCGCAUGGACAACGCUCAGGAGGUCAUCCCCCGGGACGGCGGCUAUGGCGGCGGCGGCGGCUACGGCGGCGGCGGCUAUGGUGGCGGCGGGUACGGGUACGGGUACAUGAACACCCUGGACCCGUACGUGGUGCUGGGCGCCCUGGCGCUGGGCACGCUGCUCGGCUUCCUGCUCUUCCGCCUCAUCAACGGCACCGCGCGGGGCAGGCGGGACAUCGGCGACGGCUCUCUCUCCCUCUGGCAGUCCGACGUGCCCUACGCCGACCAGAGCCGCGCCCUCAGGGCCGCACGCGCAGCACCCACCGGUGGCAGCGAGGGCCUGGCCCUCUCAUCCGCUCUCCACGGUGAGAAGUGGUCGUCGGCGCCGCUGGUCGGCGACGAGACAUCGACAGGGCUGUCGCUGGAGGAGAACGACCUGGCCGACCACCUCAACCAGCUGUGGCGCGCACACAGCGGCAACGACACGGAAACCUGCGUGCGGGGCAGCCUGUGUCGCCAGCUGACGGGGCCAGGGGCAGCCCACGCCGGCCUCGCCCUCAUGUUGUCCUCGACGGCCAAUCUGCUGGGCGUGGCGGGGUCCGGUCAGCUGCUGGACGAGGUCUCGGGUAAGCUGGCGGACGGUAGCAUCUUCACCUGCCCCGUCGGCGGCUGCUCCGUGCCCUUCUAGGCGUCAGGGGGCGCCGGGCUGAGGCACCGACCACAACCAUCGCGGGACGCACGCCGACACAAGGUUUACACAAGUCUGUCCACAAUUAGCAGCUUUGCAUUUUCGGUUAUUAACACCAGACCGAGGCAUAGAAAACGGAGAGAGGGCCUUGAGCAGGAACUCUUCUGCGUCUGUGUGUCGGCCUAAGAAUGGAGCUCACAAAAAACAGUUAGUCACAGUCUGUCCUCUCCGCCCAUAACGCUGGCUAACCUUUUGGAGCCCCCGAUCGUAUUUACAUGAACUACGGAGAUUAUUGAUGAUUAUUUCCUUCAUCCACACCGAUACACGUACCUGCACGAGUCCUUGCCUGUCCCCCUCACCAAGACAACGCCUCCGCCGCCUUGUCCGUCGUGCUGAGCGUCCCUCCUUGUGAUGCUGACCUUAAUGCUGACCUUAAUGCUGACCCCCGACUGUUGUGACCACGAGACUGAACGACUUCUUGCUACUUCUACCCAGUACCUGCCGAGAGCGAGAGCAAGAGAGAGAGCAAGAGCGAGAGCGAGAGCAAGAGAGAGAGCGAGAUCGAGAGCGAGAGUGAGAGCGAGCGAGCGAGCGAGCGAGCGAGAGAGAGUAUAGCUGCCUACAUAUUAAAAAAAAACUAUACUAACACUAAUAUUUAUAAUAACAAUAAAUUCUUUAGUCACUGCUCCGUCUAAUUCCCAUUGACAGAAGAAAAAAACAAUUGGGAAAAUACCAAUACUAAUAACUGUAAUGAUAAUAAUAAAUUCUUGAGCCAAUACUUCUUGUAAUUCUCAUAAAAAUCGAUAAAUAUCGUUGACUUUGCGAUAAUAUUCCCUACCAGGUCUAAGAUACAUGUAGACAUCACAAUAACAUUCACUACCACGGUCUAAACUUAAUAUAGACAACAAAAUAAUAAUCACCACCAAGGCCUACAAUAGCUAUGGAUGAUACAAUGUUAAUCACUAUAUAAGUCUAGCUAACAAGAGACGGAGUUCGGGCGACACUCCAUGGGUCAUAUUCUUAAACGUCUCUCCGCCCAAGCGCACACACAUACUUGACAAGGCUUUCGUUUAAGUUUUUGGCGCUUCCAGGAGUACUUUUAUGACCCUGGUGGUGGUGUGACCUUUCCUCUGUACCAUGAACCCCCCAAAACACUCAUUAGAACCCGACUGAUCUUUCUCUUGGCCUUUGAGUUGAUUUGAGUGGUUGAAAUGUCUGCCAAUACCUACCUAUAUCUUCCAACUUUAUCCCUGGUGGUAGUUUGACCCUUCCUCUGUACCAUGAACCCCCAAAACCACUCAUUAGAAACCGACUGAUCUUUCUCUUGGCCUUUGAGUUGAUUUGAGUGGUUGGAGUGUCUGCCAAUACCUACCCACCCAUAUCUUGCCACUUUAUCCACUACCACGAUGAUUUAAUUUGAGGGGAGGAAUGAGCUCUAGUUAAUAAAGGAGUAGUUCAUGUCUACGCACGCACGCACGCACGCACGGACGCACACGCAAUGAUGGAGUUGCAGGUAUGAGUUACGCGCCGUCGCUCUCUUUUCGUUGUAUGAUUCAAUCUUGUUAC